AUGAAGUCUAUUGUGAUUGUCUUUCUUCUCUUUGUGGCCCUUGUGGCGGCUGAAGACUUUGAGGAGUGUGCCAAGGAGACGGAGAUUACUGAAGAGGAGCUCGCACUCUUCCGCAAGGACGAGUUGAAGAGCACAGAUCCCAAAACUCACUGUUUCGUGAGGUGUAUUCUGGGAAAGAAGAAUUUCUUUGACGCUGAGGGUCUGCCACAGAAAGAAGUGAUCAUCAAACACCUCACGGAGAAGAAUCCUGACAAGAAUGCGAAGGAAAUCAUGACCGAAUGCCUGAAGAAGCAUUCCAGCGUUGGUGCAGCUUCUUGUGAAAUAACCUACAAUCGCUACAAGUGUGCCUACGAGAAUGGAAUCCUCAUUCUAUAA